AUGUUCGCUCGAGCCAUCCCUCGUGCGGCCCGGGCGCCUAUCGCCUCUCUCCCGCCCAAGUCUGCCGUCGGGGUUGCUGCUGCUGCCCUCAGCAGCAUCACCGGGGCGCCGUCCAAGACUGACGGACGGGUUGCCGCUCCCAAGAAUACGACCGGCGUCCAGAGACGCUGGGCUUCCGGUCCUGCCACGGCCGGCAGCAAGGGGAAGAACGUGCCGGCUACCCAGAAGGCCGCUGCCCCCGCCAGCUCCGUCCCCGCUACCUUCACCAUCCGCGUACGUCACGUAUCGAUCACUCCCGGCCGUCGUCCCCUUCCCUCUGGCCCGUACGCUAACCUCUCCCAACAGGACGGUCCCAUCUUCCAGGGCAAAUCGUUCGGUGCCAACACCAACAUCACCGGCGAGGCCGUCUUCACCACGUCCCUCGUCGGCUACCCCGAGUCCAUGACGGACCCGUCGUACCGAGGCCAGAUCCUCGUCUUCACCCAGCCGCUGAUUGGCAACUACGGCGUGCCGUCCAUGGAGCGCGACCAGUGGAACCUGCUCAAGUACUUUGAGUCCCCCCACGUGCAGUGCGCCGGCAUCGUCGUGUCCGACGUCGCCCUCAACUACAGCCACUGGACGGCCGUCGAGAGCCUCGGCCAGUGGUGCGCCCGAGAGGGCAUCCCCGCCAUCUCGGGCGUCGACACCCGCGAGAUCGUCACAUACCUCCGCGAGCGCGGCUCCUCGCUGGCCCGCAUCUCGGUGGGCGAGGAGUACGACGCCGACGAGGACGAGGGUUUCGUCGACCCCGGCCAGAUCAACCUGGUGAAGCGCGUCAGCACCAAGGCACCCUUCGUCAUCGAGUCCCCCGGCGCGGCCUACCACGUCGCCCUUCUAGACUGCGGUGUCAAGGAGAACAUCCUGCGCAGCCUGGUCAGCCGCGGCGCCUCGGUCACCGUCUUCCCUCACAACUACCCGAUCCACAAGGUCGCCCAGCACUACGACGGGGUCUUCAUCUCCAACGGACCCGGCGACCCCACCCACUGCCAGGAGACGGUGUACAACCUGGCCCGCCUGAUGGAGACGUCGUCCAUCCCCAUCAUGGGCAUCUGCCUGGGCCACCAGCUCCUCGCCCUGGCCGUGGGUGCCCGCACCAUCAAGCUCAAGUAUGGCAACCGCGCCCACAACAUCCCGGCCCUGGACCUCACCACCGGCCAGUGCCACAUCACCAGCCAGAACCACGGCUACGCCAUCGACUCCAGCACCCUGCCCGACGACUUCAAGGAGUACUUUGUCAACCUCAACGACGGCAGCAACGAGGGCAUGAUGCACAAGACCCGCCCCAUCUUCUCCACCCAGUUCCACCCCGAGGCCAAGGGCGGUCCCAUGGACUCCUCCUACCUCUUUGAGAAGUACCUCCAGAACGUCAAGCUUGCCAAGGAUAGCCAGGCCGUCUACAAGGACAACAGGCCUACCCAGUUCCUCCUCGACAUCCUCAGCAGGGAGCGAGUCGGUGUCGACCCCACGCCUCUGGCUGGAAGCGGUUGA